AUGGUUUUGUGUCUGAUCGUUGGCUGUGGCAGCAAAAGUGGACGAGAUAAAGGGUUGUACUUUGCAAGGGUGCCUUCUGUGGUCACAAAUCAAGGCGAAGAGGCACAGAAACUAUCCGAAGAAAGAAGAUCGCGCUGGAUUUCAGCGAUAAGCCGUGACGAUCUGACCGAAGAGAUCUUAGAAAACGAUCGUGUGUGCGAAAAGCAUUUUGUUUCAGGAAGGGCAGCUAAGAGCUGGGAUAAAUUUAAUAUUGACUGGGUUCCGACAUUGCUUUUGGGACACAAUAAAGCUACUGAUCGAGAACAUGUU